AUGACGUACGCGCUGCCGCUCGGGCACAUUGCUCCGACGACGCACCGCGAUCAAGAGACGUCGUUUCGCAUGUACUGGUCAUUCGCAAGUGAUCUCUGGGCCAUCGGUGCGACGAAUACCACAACCAUUGGCGGCUGUAGUUUGCUCCGGUCGAGUCCCCAAUUUGCUUUUGCCAACUGGUCGAGUAUGUCUGUGCUGACGGAGAAUCGGACGUUGCCGAGUCCUCUCUCGUUGGGGUUGCAGCUCGUUGCGUCGGCCGUCGGGCCCUUCAACAGCAUCGAUAUGUUUGUGAUACCGUGCCCGGCAUCGGCUACAUUCUUUGUCAAGCGGGCUGCCACCGCGCUGGCCCACGUUCUGCAUGUCGAUGCUGCGGCGUUCUCAGAGUUGCGAGUGCGGGACGUCCUCCAGCAGAUACCCCCCGCGCUGCUGGCAAAUGGAACCGCCCAUGUCACGUGCGGCAACAUUUUUUGUGGCAACGACGUCGCGCCGUACCCGUCGUACGGCGGCCUGUACGGGGGGUUUGGCGCCGACAAGCUGUGCCAUAGCUUGCAGUUGGAGCUCUUGUACCCAACCGCACGCCACGUCGUCACUUCGAUCCUCGGUAUGCACGCAAUUUACGCCCACACUGUGAAUUUCAACCGCAUUUGCGCGCUCGACACGCUCGCGUCACCGAGUUGCGCCGCCGACCACGUUGCCUUUUGGACCUACGUAACUCAGACGCAGGCUGGUGUGUUUACCGAAGCAACAGCGGCGGCUGUCGCCGCGUUUGCAGAUGUCCAAGCGCUCAACGUGAGCGCGGUGCAGUUUGUGACGUCGGCGACACACGAUCUUUCUCUCUUUACCACGGCUCUCUUUCCGCGCAGCGACAUGGCGUGGUCCUUCUAUGGCUACCAUUUUCUGUACGAAUGGGCCACGGGUCGACGCGAAGUGGUGCGUUUUCUUGGCGACGCCGGCGAGAUGACAUUAUUGUCCUCGGUGAGCCCGCUCUUGGCCAUGCCGCCAAGCCCGAUCGCCGUACCGUGGACGUUUACGUGGCUACUUCAGCUCGGUUGUCUGUAUGUCACCCUUGUGCUCAUUGGUGUGGUUGGUCUGGGCGCGUGCCAUACGCUCGUCGUGUCGCGCGGGCAGGUGGAAGGCUUCAACCUCUUGUGCGUCAACCGGCUCGUGGGCCUCGUCUGGGUUGGCCGCCCGCUCUUGCUAUUGCGCAGCAUCACGGCUCUCGUGCUGCUCAACACGGCGCCACUCACGCUUGUACGCGGUGCCGGCGCGGUGACCUACGCCAUCUCACCACCACUUCCUUGGUACAAGACGGUUCUGGCCGCAGCCGAGGUCACGUGGCUCGUCUAUGUACUCAAUGACGUUUUGAGUUGCUUCACGCUGCAGUAUACGUCCACAUAUGCGUUCAAAAGUGCCAAUGCCGCGUUGACGAUCGGGGCCAUCUCCACGUUUCUCUUGCCUGUAUCGCCCGUGUUUCACGUUGCGCGGCGCUGCAACGCGAUCAAUAUGGACGAUCGCGUCGAUUGCAUCAGUGCCAACGUGGCGAUCGGGUCCAUACAUCGCGUUUACAUCCUCAUGGGGCUCUCAACCGCCAGCAUUCUUGGCUGUUUUGCGCUGGACCGCUGGCGCUGGCCACAACUGGCCCCGAUCGAGCUCGUGUCGGCGGCGCUCAAUGCGCAUAGCAUUUAUAUGCUUCGCCUGGACCGCUGGAAAUUCGGCAACGAGUACUUUCUCGAUACGACGUCGGCCAUCAUGACCGGGCUCCUCGCGUGGCGCCACAAGUCGCUUUGGUACGUGUUGGACAUCAAGACGUGGCGGCUCGUGACGCGACCGUUCGUCGAGUUUGCGACGACGCACGACGAUGGCGAUAGUCGCCGCUUUCAGCGCGCGAUCCCGAUCAGCCGACUAUAAUGGACGUUUUUUG